AAUGAACAGAAACCUCUAGGCUUGAAAGGUGUAAGACAUUCUUCUCCUCCCAUGCGAAGAUCAGAAUCAAGAAGUAUUGAUGCUGGUUAUCGUCAGUCAGCAAGUGGAGAUGCUGACCAAACAAGACCUGAUAGUGUUGUAUCACAGUUGGAUGUACCAGCUGCUAACAAUGAUGAUCAACUUAGCAUGUGCUUGUCUGUAAACAGCAGAAAGGAUUCAGGAAUUCGGAGUAAUAGUCGACGCAGCAGUAUUCAGCAACAGAUAUUUGUUAUGAAUGGAAUGGCUCAUGGUGAACUCUUUACUCAUCGAGUUAGUGGUUAUUAUACAAGCAGUCAGUCUUCUCUUAAUGAAGCCGAUUUAGAUACUGAUGGUCGAAGACGUCAACUACCUCCACAAUUAGAAGGAAAUUUGGGGGCUUGUUUUCAUAAACUGAGGAAGCAGUCUGAUUUACAGUUGAUUCGAUGUGUACAAGACAACGUUACAUCUCGGCGAAGUUACUUUGUUAAACCACCUCUGUCGAGCGUUUCUCUUUUUUUUCGACAGAGCGAAAUGGAGAAAGAAUACAGAGCCCAUGCACAUCUCAUCACAGAAAAACCUGGUGAUUCUCCUCCAACACUAGCAACAUCACGAUACAAUACAUAUUUUGACAUUCUCAUUUCAGCAAUAGUUGGUAUCCAUGGCAUGUUGUCGGUGCAAUAUUGGUGAGUCUACCAGUGAUUUCUGUGCUUGUGAACUUCUCGGGUAAUUUAAUACUAUCCACUUCUAAUGCAGAUUUUUACUAUUGUUACUUACUGUUUGUAACUCUUGUACAUUUUUGUAAUUUUACACAAUUAAAUUGCUGGAUGAAAAGCGUUUUAGCCACUUUGGCUGGAAUUUUAUAUAUAUCUUUAGCAACUAGUCAUGCUUAUGCCUUUCUGAAUGAUAGAGUUAUAUCGCUGGGGGAAAAUGCAAGCAACUUCAAUGCAGCAAACAAGAGUGAUCAUUUCUUGGACAUUAAUUCUUUCAAUGUGUCACACACAAAUACAAAUUUAUCAGUUCCUCUGCAUGAUCAAGAAAUUGAUUGUUCUAAUAAAGAGGGAAAUUCUGGUAUAGAUCAUUCUUAUUGUUCUCAUUAUUAUCAAGCAGAGAUUUUCCUUGAUAUAUUGAUGCUUCUUGUUUUGGUGUGGUUCCUAAAUAGAGAAUUUGAAAUAAGCUAUAGGUUAAGUUUUCAUGGUAAUAUUGUUGCCGCAAGGGACAAAGCAAAAGUUCAAACUAUGAAGAAUCAGGCUGAUUUGUUAUUGCAUAACAUAAUUCCAAAGCAUGUUGCUGAUCAAUUAAAGAACACAGCGAAAUAUUCUGAAAAUCAUCAUGAUGUUGGUAUUAUAUUUGCCAGUAUUGUCAAUUUUAAUGAAAUGUAUGACGAAUCUUAUCUUGGGGGGAAAGAGUAUCUUAGAGUUUUAAAUGAAUUAAUUGGAGAUUUUGAUGAACUACUUAACAAACCAGAAUUUCGUAAUGUAGAGAAAAUAAAAACUAUUGGAAGUACUUUUAUGGCAGCAUCUGGCCUAAAUCCUAACCUAAGGCAGCAAAAUAAAAAUCCACAUCAGCACCUCUUUGAAUUAAUGGAUUUUGCAAUUGAGAUGCAGAAUGUUGUUGACAAUUUUAAUAACUAUUUAUUCGAAUUCAAUCUUGUUUUACGCAUUGGAUAUAAUUUUGGAGAUGUUACUGCAGGUGUAAUCGGUACAAAGAAGCUCUAUUAUGACAUAUGGGGAGAUGCAGUAAAUAUUGCUAGUCGAAUGGAUUCUACUGGUGUUAGAGGUCGCAUUCAAGUAGGUUGUGAGUGUGUUGAUGUUCUAUCAGAACAUUACGAGUUUGAACCUCGAGGUUCUGUGUAUGUAAAAGGGAAAGAUCAUAUGACUGUAUUUUUAUUGAAAGGGAAAAGAGGUGAUGUCAAUAUUGAUGAUGGCUGAAAGAACAAUUUAUAAAGUAAAAAUUUUGUGAUAUCAUGGAUGUAUAUAUCAAAAUAUAUUCAGAAAGGAGCAACAUCUCCUAAGAGAUGGAAAAUAUGCAGUAUUUAAGGUCACUCCUACAUUUUUUGGUAUUACACAAUGAGACUGUCUUAUGUCAUGUGAAAUCUAUCAGUUCUGAUGGGUGGUUUAAAAUUUUCUUCAAAACAAAUAAUUUUAAUUUACAUUUUAAUAGUAUACUUCUUGCCAUGUGUAUUUAAUACAAAGAUGAUGUUAAAAACAUCUUUAUAGAGUUAUAAGAGUAAAUUAUUUUCAAGAAGGAAGUGUACAGUGUUUACAAAACAGCUGAUCUGAAAUAAACAUGUUGCUUUGCAGUAUCCAUUCUCUUAAUUCAAAUACAAUAUGCAUGAGUAAGAUAGAGCAAAACUUAUUCAGGUUUAUAAUUCCUAUAUUUAUUUAUUAUUUCUCUGCAAUAGUACAAUUAUCUUCUUUGUGAAAAUAUAUAAAUAAUGUAUGUAUUUAUGCAUUUUAAUACAAUUAUUUAUGUAUAUGUACACACAACUAAAAACCCACAUGCAUAUAUAUUGUGACUUUUUAUUUAUUUACGAGAAAAGUUAUGUGCAUAAAAUACGUACUGAGAACGAAGAGCUGGAACAUUUUAUUGAAUCAAUGGUGCCUUUGUUUGUUUUAUUUUAUUAUAUACAAACAUAUAUAUCUUGUAAUAAGAUGCCUUUCAUAAUUGUACACUUUAUUGCCAGUCAACGAAUUGCAGAAUAUUAUUAUCUUUAAAUCAUUUAAUAUUCAUGUACUCAGUGAAAUUUGAGAAAGCUUUCAUAAUUUACAUUUAUUUUUAAUGUUUUGAAUAGUAGUGUAAGGUAUUAAUGUUCAUUGAAUUUGUAUGGAAAAUGUAAGGUCCGGUGUUUCUGGUAAAACAGAACAGUAUAAAUGUGUAUGUAGAUGUACAAUAAGAAAUGUAAAUAACAUUUGUAUAUAAGGACAUAAAAUGUUUGAAUGUGAGUUCAAUGGUGAAGAAUGUGUCAACAUUUGUUAGUAGUUACCAAGUAGCAAAUAGUUGUCCACUGACAAUUGCAUUUUACUUACCUACUUUAACGAUUUUAUGUAUUAACUGAUAAUUUUCAACAGUAUUGUUUAUAUUAAAUAAUAUAAAUAUUGACUUUGAUUUUGAUGCAUUACUGUUAAAGAAAUAUGUUUUGAUAAAAUAAUUGAAUGAAUUACAGAUGUAUCUUACUACUUUUCUGUCAAUCAAAGUGAGGAGAUCUAUUUGUCGUGAUGAAAGUGUAUUUUUAUUUCAGUUGUUUUGAAAAAUGUAUUUUAUUGCUCCAAACUUAUGUUUGAAGUGAAUGAGGUACUGAGUGAUGAUAUGUGAUAAUAUGAAUAAUAUAUUAUGUAUUUGUGAAAUUAUGUUUCCAGAAUAAAUGUCAGGCUAAGUGAAUUUGAAUCAGGAGCUUGUAUUAUAACUUUAUACACAAGAUGACUUAUACAAUUAUCUUGAUAUUUUUUUAUCAUAAUGCCUUAUUUCAGUUGCAGAUAGUUACCAGAAAACAAUAGCCACAUAUAGUCUCCAUUUUUAAUGGAAACAUAUUUGUGAAAGACUUACUGUAUGCCUUAUUAGUACUCAUACAAGGCUUUGUAGUGCAUAAGUUCCUAUAGAUGUAACGGUUACUGCUUAAGCAAUUUAGAAAAGCUGCCUAAGUUUUUUAUUGGUAUCAAUAUAUGUUGCUGUCACAUGUACAUGCUAAAUAUUUGGCUUCAAGGCUGAUCCAUUCAUUCAUAGUACUGAAUUUACAUAGCUGUGUUAUAUUUUGAAAUUGCAUAUUGUGUACAAAUGAUGUUCAUGUUGUGUUAAAUAAAUCUAAGUGAUACAACAAUUCUUGAGAGUUUGAAAAUGUGUUGUUAAACCAUGAAACAAUAUAAUUGAAGUCUGGAUUAUUAGGUGCUGCAAAAGUUAGCAACUGUGCUAUAACAAUAUCUCAGAGCACCUUGAAUAUGCAGAGAUGAUUUGUUCGUGUGGAUUCAGAAGCUGAUCACUUCUUCACAUCAGUUUUCAUACUGCAAUUAGUAAUAUAUGCUUUGGUUCCUGCAUAUAGACAUGAGUGUACAUGGACAUGGGUGGUCUUCUUUGUCCACACUUUGGUUCCCUGCCUUUCAUUUACUCAACUCCGAUCUUCUCUGACAAUUAUCUUUCCACAAUAACCUUUGAAAAUAAGGAAAUAAUUCUGUAUCAGUACUUCAAGUGAGCAAAAUUAUAUGAGCAGUGAGUGUCAAUUGAAAUUUUUUGUUUAAAAAUUGACAAAAGAAAUAAAAUUUCAGAAAUUUUUGCAUGCUCUAAAAACACAUGACAUUUCAGGUUAUUAAAAAAAUGUAUGAUCUAUUUAUUCCUUUAAAUGGAAUUGUAGAAUUUAUUUGUCCAUGUCUGAAUGAACCUCUUGAUUAUAUGCACAAUUGGCUUGAAACAUUUUCAAAAAUACAAAUACAAACAGAUGUCAAAAGCAAAACCCAUGUGUAAUUAUAUGAUCUUGGAAUUGAAUAUUGAUGUCUUGCCUCUUGGCUUAUUAAUUAUGUACUAAUGAAAAAUUCAAGUGAAUAAAAAUAUGAAAUCAGA